AUGAAAAAAGGAUUCGAGGUAAGAUGGAAGGUCGAUAAGGCAGCAUGUGAGGAAUGCACCAAUUCUUCAGGAGUUUGUGGUAUUGACCCUUUAUUGAAGUUCCGACAGGAAACUGAAUUACGGGGUUUAGGCAUAUUCUUACAAAAUCGAAAACAAGCUGCUUCUUGGAUUGCCGUAAGGCUGUAG